GUUGUACCUGAAUAUUGAAUUUGGCGAAAUCACAUAACUGGGCGUUAUUAUUGUGCAUAGUAAAAAUCUGACUAAUACUGUCGGUCGCGAUUUGUUCCUGGUUCGUUGUUUGGAAAUACGUUAGGGUUUGGUCGUAUUGGUUUUCAAACCUAGAUUUGGAGUAAAAAGAACAACAACAUGGAUUUGAAGAUUGCUAUUUUUUUCAUCUUAACGUGCGCCAACUUGUUAGCGUUCGGGGAGGACAAGACAUUUCACAACAAAGGCGUCUACGUCAAAGUCAUGGGAACGGCGGGAACCAUCGUGGCGUCGCGAUCGUUUAACAUAGACGCAGACGACAAGAAGGUCACGGUCACCUUUGUGGAACUUAGUGAAGUUAACACAACAAAUAAUGCUCCACUACCUAACAAGACAAUCGCCUUGUCAGAGAAAACGUACACCCUAAUGGGUCCAGUUGACGAAUCUGUUGGCAGUCUAAAAGCUGAUGUCGUUACAGCUACUGUCACGGGGAACCCGGCAAUCGAAAUUAAGACGUACAUUUUCAAGGAUGCAGGUGAAAUUGACUUUUCUGGAGAGAAAACCCAAAUAGCCGUUGGUGAUGUUAAAUUCAGCAUUAAGAUUAGUAGUUAUGUAUUCAGUACUGACCCUGCGACCACGGAACUCCAACUGAAGGUGAAGGUUAAAGGUACGAGCGCGACUCCAACCAAUAUGACAUCAAACCCGGGAACUGAUGGAAUUGCCUUUAAUCUGGGCGACGGUUCAAGCAUAAAGCUUUCGAAAAAGGUGAAAAAGGACAGCACCUUUGAAGCAAUGCGAGAAACAUUCCCGACACUUGACGAAGAUACCUUUAUAUUCCGUCUGCCAAAAUUCACCACUGACGUCGCAUACGACCCAGUCAUCACUAUCAACCCCAAUAUCAUAAGGAUGAUUAAAGCCGAGGGUGUGGAAGUCACGGUCAAGGCAAUGACGGGGACGAUCAUAGCCUCCAGGUCAGGGAACAAAGUGACCAUGACCUUUGGGGAAGUGCUAGAGAUGAAUGAAGAAACUGUAGUAAAUAAAUCUAACUUCACCGACGUCAUCUUUAUCGUGGAUGACGUCAAAGAUGUGAACAUCUCAUCCACAAGUAUCAUGGCAUCCAUGGUGACGGCUACAGGCACGGUGAUGGGUGGAACCUUGGAGGCAAAAAUCUUCCUUGUCAAGGGCGAGGGUGAGCUUACUGUUGGGACUGGCGACAGCGCCGAGAAGACAACCGUAAUGAAAGGGGACGUCAAGGUCGAGCUCCAGCUGUCUGGAUACAAUCUGACGGAGAACAAUGGAGUGGACGUUACCAUGGAAAUCAAAGGUCAGGACGCCACACCUAAAGUGCUCAGUGGGAACAACACGGCGUUUGAUCUCGGCAACAAGUCGACGCUGUUCUUGUCAAAAAUGAUUACUCUUGAUACGACAGCACAGAACAUGACUGCCUCUUACCCUAAGGUGAAGAACGGUGCCGUAUUCCAGUACCGUUUCCCGAAUUUCAACGGCAAAACUCUGACCUAUGACCCCAUUAUCCGGUUAGGCAAUAUGACGGAGACACCAGGUGGCGGCGGCGGCGGCACCGGAAGCGGGUCCAUUCCGAUAUUCAGCAGUGUUCUUAUCGUGUUGGCUGUUCCUCUGUCACAAUUCUUCAAAUGACAUUCUCACAUUUAAAAACAAAGACACUAAAAUACCCCAAAUAAUACGCAUAUGGUUACAAUAAUUCUUAUAAUAACUCUUUCUUUUUUUACAGAAUGAUGUUUUAAAUUGUUUUGCAAUAACAUAUAUUAGAGGGUUAAAAUGUUAAUAUAGCAAUGUAUCGGGUGCCAGAAGCGUUAUUGGAAAGUAGGAACCAAUUUUACAAAGUGUCGUAGGCCUAGUUUUGCAAGUAAAUGUAAAACGGCGACUAAACCAGUCUGUAUUGUCAACAAAUAUAGUCUGAAGUACACUAUAUCAUUUUUCUUUUGUCCUCACGGUGCUCUAUUGACCGGAAUGAUGAAACGUUAUGUGUAAAAUUUGAUGCCAAACACAUGCAAGCGUAAACUUCAGAUGUUUUGUGAAAUUGGCUCCAGACUCGAAAUAACCAGGGAAUCUGUGAAACCUAUGCUGCCCACUUAAAUACUAUAAAAUAAACUCCCGCCACCACCCUUCCAAUCCAAUAUACAAAAUAAUCAAAUAUAACAUUUUCCAGGGGGAAUAUGUUCCCGCAUUUUCUAAAGAGGUUAUUCUCCUUCCUCUAACAUUUGUUCCUACGAGCCUGGGAAAACCCCGUGCGUCAAAACUCCCUGUGGUCAAAACUCCAUCACUUAAACAAAUACUAAGUACUUGGUAAAAAAACUAAAACAUUUCUAAUAUUGGAGCCAUUUGUUUAAAAUAUUGACUCGCAGUUCUGGAUUAACGCAGUUGUCGGGAAGACUUUAGUUAAAUAGGAGGCAAAUGUGAUCAUUAAUACAAGAAAGCCAUGUGUUUGCAUAGUAUGAAGUUUGAAGGACUGAUUUAUGCUAUACAAGUGCUACACUAUGUAUAUCUGUGUGUUAUUAUUUAUAUGUGAUGGUGGAAUAAAAUAUAUAAUUAUA